AUGAGAACAAUAAAACUGGGAAGGAUUGUGACACCUGCAUUGAAAGAAAAAAGGCAUACAUAUGGUAUAAUUGUUGGAGUCAUCGAUGCAACCUUUGUGCUUAUUCAAAGAAAAGAUGGAGAGAGAGAGAUGUGUUCUAUAUCCAACCUCCACCUUGAGGAGGAAUCAUUCGACAUCAAGGGCCUUAGUGCAGAGGAGAUAGGAGAUCUCAUUCCAGAAAGCACUUUCACGGAAGACACAACUAAUGAUUUUGACAGAUUCAAGCUGAGGCUUAGGAAAAGAGUUGAGGAGUCACUUCUGAAGGAGAAAGGGUUGGCAUGA